UCAAGCCUUCUCCACAAUCUCACGGAGAGCAAGCAGCCGGCAGCAGCUUUCUUGAGCAGAGGAUCAGAGCAGAGGAGAAGGAAGGGUAGAGCUUGCGAUUGCGAGUGAGACAUAGCAGGGGAUCAGAGAUGGCGUCGAUGAUGGGGGGCGACUUCGUGGAGGCGUACGUGCUCAAGAACGCGUACAAGGAGAAGCUCCGGCGCAUGGAGGCGGCCGAGGAGGAGGAGGAGACCAAGCGGCGGGGCGCCGGGUCCGCGGAGAAGAAGAAGGCCUCGUCGGGCGGCGGCAGGGGAGGAGGGCUGUUCGGGCUCCUCAAGAAGAAGGUGCACCCCAAGGCGGCCGCGUUGAGCGAGGCCGGCGGAGCUGCUGCUUCUUCUUCCUGAUCCAGCCGCGCGCACGUCUGCUGUGCCACCAUUGCCGGCCGACCGGUCGCUUGUGCAAAUACACAAAAGUGCUAGUUUGGUCGUUGGAACAUGGAAGUCUAGAUGCCACCGAAUGGUAGUACGGCUUGCCAUGAUUUGUAGCCUUGUUCUUUCUUUGUUUCCUGACGAUCGAGCGUUUGUUGCUCGCUUGAUGUGGAUCAUCAUGUUGUUUCAUUUGUUUCUCGAUGUAAGUUACGUGAAAUGGCAAAAGGAAAAAUCUGUAUAAAUUCCAACUGAAAUUCAGCAAAUAAACGAUAUACUGUUUCCUCC